AUGCCGCAUACCUAUCAUCUGAUGUACGGCGCGCUGCUGCUACCGCUUGCCGCCAUGCACGGUGACAAAUUCAAGAUGCUGGAGAUCGGAUUGGGAUGCUCGAUGGAGUACGGCCCGGGCGCUUCGGCUCGGUUGUGGCGAAGCCUCUUACCCACUGCAGAGAUCUGGUUUGCGGAGUCAAAUGGCCUGUGCGUGAAUAAAGCCAGGGCCGAGGGCAAGCUGGAUGGACUGCACACGAUGAUAGGGAGCCAGAGCGACCCGGAAACGCUGCGCCGCUGGGUGCACCAGAGCGGCGGCGGGUUCCAUGCGAUCAUUGACGACGGCAGUCACUCCAACCGCGACAUCUUGCUCACUCUCCGCAUCCUCUGGCCGGCGCUGCGCGAUGGCGGCCUCUAUUUUAUCGAGGAUCUCCACGUGGGGCGGAGCCAGAAUGGGCCAGUCGUCUCGGACGUGCUGCAGGGCUGGGCAGAGCGCCUCAUGACCAACACGCGCAAUGAGUCCACCCACGCACGGGCCAAGCCUCGCAACCAUACGCCGCUGCCCCCGCGGCUCAAAUUUGUGCUCAUCCAGCGAGAGGCAGCCGUGAUCGCCAAGUGCUCGGCCGAGGACCCGGCCGACGUCUGUUACGACGUUGGCGAGCAGCCCGAGUGGUGGGGCGCGCUGUUGGCCGACCUGCGCGAUGGCAAGGAUUACCCCAAACUCGGCAUCCAGCGGCUGCAACAAAAGCGAAAGCAGGCGACAGGGGCCGCUUUUGGGUGA